UUAUCUUUCACUAAUUGACAAUAUAUUUCCACCCUUUCCAUCCUUAUGGUCUCUAAUCCUUUUACAUUAAUUUGUCUCCGGUGCCCAUGCACGAACCUAACACUUCGGCUCCCAUUCUUCGUGCUCUCAACUUGUGGACAGCUGUACUAGACAUUAAUGAUGCCUCAUACUUGCCCCGGAAUCGAUGUUCGAGUGAAACAUUUUUCACGUGGAAAACUCGUUUUCAGUAUAUCUAACAAGCACUUAGAUCAAUCCCAAGUUUCAACAUCAUUACUCGAAAGGUAUCCGCCAUGCCGACCGGGCUCAGUCCUAUGGCUCUUUUACAGAGGGGAGAGUAUGAAUCCCAAUCCUCUCAAAUUGCCUUGUGGGACCCACGCCGAACCGUCUCUAAUCCAGGGGCCGAGAAAGGCCGUCAAGCCCUCCAUGAAUGACAUGUUCACUAUUCCGGUUCUAAAGUGGCUUGAAGACGUGGAAGAGACGGGGGAGCAGGUUUUCCCUUUCGUCCCAGACGCUCGUCUACACAAUAUGACACUACAGGCUUCUGCAUUAUUCAAUAGCUACCGGAGAAAAUCUGUAUGCCGCUUCAGAUGGCGUGAUUACGAUACUACCGAUGCUUUCCCCUACGAGCUUCAUGUUGCCCGUGCGGUCAAUUUUGCACAUGAUCUUUAUUUAACCGCCGCAAAUUCGACGAUGGGGACGGACCAGAAAUUUCCCAUGCUCAGUUGGGCGGCGACGUACGAUGCCUUCUUUCACUCCAUCUGGGAGGACAUCCUUCGAGAGCGUGGUUUCCAGCUCGAGUUCAGACCGGUGUGGCCCGUGCUAUACCUACAAGAAACCUCCCCAACUACAUAUACCACUGCUCCAGACGUGGUCAUAGCAUACCGGGGUGUCCCUCUCUUCAUCAUCGAAUACGUGAAAACUCAUCCCUCCCUCUUGGACGAAGGUAUCCUUCCUCACUUGAGACACCUGCGGGUUUCUAUGCAAUCAGCCCUGGUCGGACGCAACGAGCUCCAGCCUGUCUUCGGCUUGCUAAUCUAUGAAACAUCCGUAAUAAUGAUGGGGAUUGGCUACAUUCGUGGAGAUCAGUUUUACUCGAAGAUGUUUGGUGACCGAACUUCACCAAUGUUCCGCAUGAACAGACCUUUUGAGACCUUGGCUCUUCGCAUGACCAUUCUCAACUUGCGCUCUUACGCGCAGCAGAUAUCUAAAACCGAGGCUGCGAAUACCAAAAUUCAACCUAUACCGUAUGGAUCUCCGGGAUAUAAUCAGGCGUAUCUUGGUCUAUUCCCUGUCCUUAUAGACGACCAGUCAAAUAGAUUAAAUGAUAUAGAAGCACUUCAAUGGAUGCUCUCUCGACGGAUACGACUCAAUGGCUCUGUCAACCCGAAUCAUGGGCUUCGAGAUACGUCCAGCUCAUGGAUAUCGCUAUUCGUCUGCUGUGAUAUCCCGGCUGAUUUAGAUGACGCCUUGAUUGAUCGCUGUACGCAAUAUCUCACCCCACGACAAAGGAUGGCCCUCGACGACCUCAGUCAUGAGCAUCUGCAAGCAUAUGAGUCGCUCCGUACCGACGGGUUGGUCACAUCCUCCGCCGAACCAGACCAGGUGUCGUUGAUAGUAGACAUACAGCGGACCGCCUGUUUCUUCGCUAGCGUUCAAGAUACCUUUGGAGUCAACUUUAAGGAUGAAAAGCCGUGCCCGAUACGGUGGUCGAUUCUGUUCAACUCGUUUCUGACGGUAGCGUGGACAGAUAUAAGGUUCCAAGGUCCCAAUAUCGUUGAGUUUCAGUGCUACCCGUCCUGGUCAAUGCAUCGCAGGGUCAAGAGCAAUACCAUUCUAGACGAGGAUCCCAACCAAAUAGUUCCAGACGCAGCAUUCAUCGUCAAACCUGACUUUGUCUUUGGUGAUGCAGCGUUCUCUGAGUAUUCAUAUGAGGAGCAGUCUGAGUUUUCCGAUGAACUCUCGGUAGUGGUAAACCCUUCAAUCUACGCGGGGGAGUCAGAACAUUCCGAAGUUCCUGUCCUUAUAGUGGAAUACGUGAAAAACUAUAGCCCGCAAGGACGGAAAUCGCACCUGGUCCACUUGUCUAUGGCGAUGAAAUCUGCGAUGGGUUUACUCCGCGCUCUGGCAUUGCCUCCUAUCGUUCUGGGACUUCUUGUGGAUAGCUUUCGUAUCACUGUCGUCUGCUGUUCGGAGUCAGGGGCUGAAGUUCGUUCAUUCCCAUCCAUGGCCAUCCUUAAAUUAAUCUCCUUCUUCUCUGCUAGGAUCUGGUCACGGAACUCCCCGAAAAGUACGAUUUUGACCUGAUUAAACCGGUAGACGUUUUUCGACUACGGCGGUGCAUGCGCAAUGUUUGGAAGCUUGCACACGAGAUUGAAAGAUUGGAUCGGGCUGCGCACGUUCAAGUAG